AUGUCGAAUCGUGUAUUUGAUGAUUCUGAGAAUAAAACCUCAAUCAAGCCAUUCAACAAGGACUCACAGAAUGAGAAUACUCACGUAUCAAACAAAGGCUCUAACUUCAGGGCUACGCUGAAGUUUAAACGUGUCCCAUUGGGCGGUAAAAACCAAAACACAAACACAUUUGAGUUGAACAGGUCAAAAUCCACUGUCAAUAGUCUAGACUCGUUUAGGUCAAACAACAAACCACCAAGUUUGGUCAAAUCAAACUCGAGUUUGGGAUUCCAGUCUGUACCCGUUUACCAAGAACAUGAUCAAUCAGCUCAAUUGCAUGGGGCUGGCACGAAAGUCAGGGAGAAAGAGGUUAAUUUGAGUCCCAUCAAUGUAACAAGAUCUGAUCGUCGGAUGAGAAAGAGACAUAGCUUGGAUGAACUAUCGCGUCCUAAACUACUUUCACCUAAAAAGACUAAAUUGUUUCAAACGGACUCGUUGGUCAAAUCUGAAGUAGCACUGAAGCACGAACUAAUAAGCAAUAUUGAAGGCACGCUCUCGGAUAGAACUGAAACAUUGAAUGCAAGACAUAUUGCAAACCAAGAUAUAACAAGAAACAAUGUUGAUCCGAUAAAGCAAACAGUCAGAAGUCACUCCAUUGAUGCUUUGGUUGGGCAACACUGGCAAGAUGAAAUAGAAUUUAUUCCACAAGCCCAGAGCAAAAAGGAUACUGACUCACUCAUGUCAUUCAAUGAUUAUGAGCUUCAGUACUUUUCAACUCCAAAUGACAGUCAUGAGCUUAAACAUUCCGUGCAUAACGACGGUGAGUUGAAUUUGGAUUUGGACUUUGACGACGGUACUGGUGAUGAUGCUGAGCUCGAGGCUAAUAUGACCAUUGAUAGGAACGGAGACGAAGACUAUGGAUUGAAUGAUGAGGAUUUGAGAAACUUGUUAAGUUGA